AUGGAGGAGGAGGAGGAGGAGGAGGGGGUGCCUCAGCUCCAUGGGGCUUCACCCAAUGUGGAUACGAGGAGAAGGCCAGCGACGAGAGGGACGAGGAAGGAGAGCGAGAGCCUGUCAGACCUGGAAGACAUAAUCCCUGUCAACCAAGGUCGCCUGCAGAUGUAUGCCGUCGGCAAGAAGAUAGGCAGUGGAAAGUUCUCAGUGGUAUUUCGAGCGAGGAUGUCAGACGGCAGGAACGUGGCGCUGAAGAAGAUCAACAUCUUCGACAUGAUGGACGCGAAGAGCCGAAACAAAUGUCUGAGAGAAGUAGAUCAACUAGUCGGGAAGAGAGCGACGAGAGUGAAGGACCUGUCGCAGGUUCACAUGCUGCGAAGCAUCAGCAAGCACGAGAACCUCAUCGAGUAUCUCGACGCCUUCAUCGAGAACAAUGAGCUCAUGAUCGUGUUUGAGUGGGCUGAGAAUGGAGACUUGCGAAGGCUCCUGAGAAGAGCGACAGCUCCAUUUGAGGAGAGAGAAGUUUGGAAAUAUUUCCUGCAGGUUGCUGGUGCUGUCGCCCACAUGCACGAGCAGAGGAUGAUGCACAGAGACAUCAAGCCAGCUAACAUUUUCAUCUCUGCAAACAACGUCUUGAAGCUUGGCGAUCUUGGACUAGGAAGAGUUUUCUCUGCUGAGUCGGUCGAGACUUUCUCCAAGGUCGGAACUCCCUUGUACAUGUCGCCUGAGGUUCUUCACGGGCAGGGCUACGACUUCAAGUCUGACAUGUGGAGUCUGGGAUGUCUCCUCUAUGAGUUUGCUACUCUCUCCUCCCCCUUCGAGGCGCCGAACCAGAACCUCUACGACAUCUUCAAGCGCAUCAACGAUGGAGACUUCGCUCCUCUCCCCGAGUUGUUCUCUCAAGAGCUCAGAGGCCUCGUCAACAGGAUGCUGCACAAGGACCCGAAGAAACGGCCCACGGCUUCUGAGGCCUUCGCCUUCGCUCAAAUGGCCUGCGACUCCUACCAGGAGCGACCGAGUGGACUGAUGAUGAUGAUAGAGAUCAUUGAUCUCUGCCAACUUCUCGACUACGAGGCUCUCUGUCGUGCUCAAGCCCUCCCUCCCCUCACACCAAGUUUCUUCACGCAUGCUCAUCCUCAUCAUGACAUCAAGUUUCAAUAUUUCACUAGCCUUGUCCUCUGGCUCCUCCGCUUCAACGAUGUUUCAGUCAGCGAGGACAGCAGGGACGGCAGCAGGCACCUCGAGACUCUCGACCCUCUCAACGUUUCUUCUCUCCUCCUCGACGCUUGCAAGCAGCUCGGCAUCGGCAACGACCUCUCUCCUGUUCGACUGAAGACGGGCUACGGGGAAGCCGUUUGCUCCCUCCUUCACUCCCUCCUUCUCCUCACCAUGGCGAGAAUGAAACGCAAGCUCGCGGUCAUGUCGCAUUCAGCGCGUGAGGAAGAAGAGGAAGAAGAGAUCGGCCAAAUGGAGGAGGAGGAGGAGGAGGACAGCGCGUGCGGAUGGCCGGAAGCUCUAGACGGAGAGGCAGAGGAGGAGGCGGAGGGGGAGGGACAGGACCAUCUGGUUGCUGUGCAGCCACCAUGGGUGCCAUGCGCGAGUGAGGACCUGGAAAGGUCGACCCGCUGCUGGGGAGAGGAGCAGACAGCUGACGUCAUGCUCAGGUUGAGCCUGCAGGAGCGACAGCAGGAGGAGUGGAGGAUGCGGAUAGAGGCUCUCUCGAGGGACGUGAAGAUGCAGCGGGCAAGGGCGGAGGAGAUAGGUUUACAGCUGCGAGGGGUGGUAGAGACUUGCCAGCAGGAGGCGAGCUCGAUCAAGACGAGGGAAAGAGGACUGAACUCGAAUGACCACCAAGAGACGAUCAGAGAGCUGAGAGAGGCAGCAGAGGAGCUCACACAAGUCAGUGCCUCGUUCGAGCGCGAAAACGAGAGGAUCGCACAGGUGGCGGAGGAGCUGGAGGCUUCGAGAGUCCGUGUGGAGGACUUGGAGGUCAACGUGCAUGACCGAAGCCCCACAGACAACAUGCGCAAGGCAAUCCCUUCCUUGCUCCCGCUCACACUUGAUCCUCCUCGCCUGCUGCUCUGA